AUGAUGAUCACUGUGUUGCCUGCACUUGAAGAUAGGGACAGCCCAACAGCCUGCCGCCACCAUAUACUUCACUGGCACGUUAAUGAUGACCUUUCAAACUACACCCCAGGCUUGUUUUUUAAAUCCAGUGUUCCGAUUUGUAUGAUAAUGCUAGAGGCUGUUACUGCCAAAAUUUCUAGACUGGUAUCUUAUAAACGUGAGUUCAAUCUUGCCGACACUGUAAACACAUGCAUUCUUUAG